AUGCCACAAACAAUCGCCCCAAUCCCCCGCCUAAUCUACGGCACAGCCUGGAAGAAAUCCCAAACCGCGCCCCUCGUCGCCUCCGCCCUCGCCGCAGGCUUCCGCGCCCUCGACACCGCCGCGUCCCACCACUACUCGGAAGAAGGCGUCGGCGUCGGCCUCCGCCAAUUUCUCUCCCGGAGCCCCUCACCGGCCACUCACGGCAUCGCCCGCGCGGGUCUCUACAUCCAGACCAAAUUCUCCCCCGCGCCAUCAGACCUACCCAUCCCAGACCAAGUCCACAAGUCCAUCGCCUCCUCCCUAAAGAACCUCGCCGUCGACAACAACCUCUUUGCGCCGUCGCCUACAGACUCUCCAGAAGGGCAGAAGACGGAAGGCGACGAGGACUUCUACCUAGACUGCGUCCUCCUCCACGCCCCCUACCCCUCCUACAAAGACACCCUCCUCGCCUGGCGCGCCCUGGAAACAUACGUCCCCUCCCGCAUCCGCACCCUCGGCAUCUCCAACGUCGACCUGCCGGACCUCCAGCGCCUCUGCGACGAGGACGCCCGCGUCAAGCCCGUCGUCGUGCAGAACCGCCUGAACCCGGAUGAGGGGUACAAUACCCCCGUCCGCGUCUUCUGCCGCGAGAGGGGAAUUAACUUUCAGUCGUUUUGGACGUUGACGGCGAAUCCGAGGUUGGUGAGGAGUUCGUUUGUGAGGCAGGUUGCAAAGGGUGCGGGCGUGAGUGACGAGGUUGCGUUUUAUGGGUUGGUCCUUGGGUUGGAGGGGGUCAGUGUGCUGGAUGGGACUACGAACGAGGUGAGGAUGAGGGAGGACCUUGAGGGCGUGGAGAAGGUGGUGGCUUGGGCUGGUGGUGAUGGUGCUGAGGUGUGGAGGGAGAGUUUGGCGGCGUUGAAAGCUGUGCUUGGUGAAUCUUGA